CUUCACACGCCCCGCCCUCUAAUACCGGAAACAAACCCAGAGUGUCAUGUGACUUUAUCUUCUGGUUUAGCAUGUAGAGAUCUGAGUGAUAAAAUCGUGAAAGGAGAGUCGUCGAGAGGAAGAUUAAAAAACCAUAAUGGCAGAUGAUUUAAAGAGAUACCUGUAUAAACAGCUGCAAAGUGUUGAAGGUCUUCAUGCGGUUGUGGUCACAGACAGAGAUGGUGUCCCGGUUAUCAAAGUUGCCAAUGACAACGCCCCGGUCCACGCCCUGAGACCUGGCUUCUUGUCCACUUUUGCUCUUGCCACAGAUCAGGGCAGCAAGCUCGGCCUCUCCAAGAACAAGAGCAUCAUCUGCUACUACAACUCCUACCAGAUAGUGCAGUUUAAUCGGCUCCCUCUGGUCAUCAGCUUCAUCGCCAGCAGCAACGCCAACACAGGCCUCAUCAUGAGUCUGGAGAAGGAGUUGGCUCCACUAAUAGAGGAUCUAAGGCAGGUAGUGGAGGUGACAUGAGUUCUGAUCAGCAGCAGAUUUCACCAAAUUACUCCCUACUCACCAUAUUCCUAUCUUUUUUUUUGAGCUUUUUAUGUCCUUUUGGGAAGACAUGUCUAGUUUCUCAUGGUUUGGAUUGUGAAUCAGUUUAAAUAAACUUCCUCCUCUGUUGGUCUUGAUUUCAUUCUUCUUCUGCCGAGUUAAACUAAAUAAAUAUUUUGACAACUGAA